GAACUGCUAAUCCUUAGGGCUCAGACCGGGCUUGGGGAGGGUGGGAGCCAGACCCCGAGGCCUCCGGGGCAGCGGCCGGCAGGGAGGGGACCGCCUGCCCUCCCGGUGGUGAAGAUAGGCCCUCGGUGGGAGCGGUUCCUCAGGGUGGCCGGUGCCACCUGCAGCUUCCUUUGCCCCUAAGAGUCCCCUGAGUGCCCCCUUUGAAGCAGGGUGGGGUACAGCAGGGAAAUCACGAGAAGCCACCUGCCAAGUUCUGCUUACAGCAGCCUAGGAAGGGAAAGUAGAGCCGUCGGUGCGCUGCAAAGCAUGCCUGCCCUGGCGGAGCUCAGGGGUGCUGGGCCCCUCCAGCUUCCCCGUGCUGAGUCACUGGCAGCUUAACAAGCUCGCUCUGCAAGCCUCCCUCAUUCAGCGUCUUCCAGUUCCUUGCAUUUCCCCCUAUAGGAACGGAUCUGAAAUCAGUUUAUUUAAAAAGAGGUGGAGAAGUAAGGACCAUGACCCCUCCACCCCCCACAUCUGCACAGGGUGGCAUGGAGGGGGCUUCAGAGAAUUGGUGGGAUAGUGGAAUUAGAGGACAAGGCGUGUUUUGCCCUAGGCUUUUGAAGGCCCCUGCUAAAGGAAGCCGGUUGGCUAAGGUUACUUACCAACCAGCCUGGCUACUUACCAAACAUCCGGUGGCUUUGGAGGGGGCUGGAUGGAGAGCUGGGGCUCACCCCUCCAUUUCCCAGCAGCAUUGGAAGCUGCGGGAGGUUUAAGUGGCCUGGCCAGCCCUAUUCUGUUAGAGUUUAGUGCAUAGCCCAGGAGGUGCUGUGCGCAGGACAGAGGGGAUAGGACCUGCUCUGCACCGAGGGGCUCCCAGCACCCCUGGAGAGAGGCAGAGGGACAGAGAAACGGACUGUCCCGAGCAGACUGACCACCCGAGGCCCCUCAGGAGCCCUGUGUCGCUCAGGCCUCUGCUCUGUGCCCAGGGACGGGGGCAGGCUGAGCUCUCGCACGAACCACUGACCGCAUCUGUCUGCCGCAGCCUGCGCUGACCCUCUGGCUGCCUGGAAGCGUCCCUGUGCUCCUCGAUAAGGCCCCUGCUUCUUCCUGGCAGAUGAAGUGCGUCCUGGUGGCCACUGAGGGCGCCGAGGUCCUCUUCUACUGGACAGACAAGGAGUUUGAAGAGAGUCUCCGGCUGAAGUUCAAGCAGUCAGAGAAUGAGGAAGAAGAGCUCCCCGCACUGGAGGACCAGCUCAGCAUGCUGCUGGCCCCUGUCAUCAUCUCCUCCAUGACGAUGCUAGAGAAGCUCUCGGACACCUACACCUGCUUCUCAACGCAGAAUGGCGACCACCUGUAUGUCCUUCACCUGUUUGGUGAAUGCCUGUUCAUCGCCAUCAAUGGAGACCACACAGAGAGUGAGGACGACCUGCGGCGCAAGCUAUGCGUGCUCAAAUACCUGUUCGAGGUACACUUCGGGCUGGUCACCGUGGACAGCCAGCUCAUCCGGAAGGAACUGCGGCCCCCGGACCUGGAGCAGCGAGUGCAGGUGUGGAAGCAUUUCCAAAGUCUGCUGUGGACCUACGGCCGCCUGCGGGAGCAGGAGCAAUGCUUUGCUGUGGAGGCUGUGGAGCGGCUGAUUCACCCUCAGCUCUGUGAGCUGUGCAUUGAGGCGCUGGAGCGGCACUGCGUCCAGGCCGUCAACAGCAGCCCCGAGCGGGCCGGUGAGGAAGCCCUGCAUGCCUUCCUGCUUGUGCACUCCAAGCUGCUGGCCUUCUACUCCAGCCACGGUGCCAGCUCCCUGCGCCCGGCCGACCUGCUUGCCCUCAUCCUCCUGGUUCAGGACCUGUACCCGAGCGAGAGCACAGCGGAGGAUGACAGUGACACUCAGCCUUCCCCACGGAGACCCCAGAGCAGCCAAACCCUCCCCGUGCAGCAGGCCUGGCGCCCUUUCCCUGCAGGCACACGCGGGAACAGUUCCGUGGAAACAGAGGACACAGACAGCCUUUCCCUCCUAGAGGAGUACUUCACGCCGGCUCCAUCCCCCGGGGAACAGAGCUCAGGGAGCACUGUCUGGCUGGAGGGGGGCACCCCACCCACCGAUGCUCCACAGAUAGCUGAGGACACCCUUGAGACACUGGUUCCUCCUUCCCCAACACCCUCAGGCCCCAGAAGAAUCUUCCUAGAUGCCAACGUGAAAGACAACUACUGCCCCUUGGUGCCCCAUACCAUGUACUGCCUGCCCCUGUGGCCCGGUGUCAACAUGGUGCUCUUGACCAAGAGCCCCAGCACACCUCUGGCCCUGGUGCUGUACCAGCUGCUGGACGGCUUUUCCCUGCUGGAGAAGAAGCUGAAGGAGGGCCAGGAGGCCGGCAGUGCACUGCGGUCCCAGCCGCUCAUGGGAGAGCUACGUCAGAGAAUGGACAAGUUUGUCAAGAGUCGAAGUGGACAGGAGAUGCAGAGCACCUGGUUGGAGUUCAAGACCAAGGCCUUCUCCAGAACUGAGCCAGCAACAUCAUGGGAGCUGCUCCAGGCAUGCGGGAAGGUGAAGCGACAGCUGUGUACCAUCUACCGCCUCAGCUUCCUGAACACAGCACCAGACAGGGGUGGCCCCCAGCUGCCGCAGCACUUGCAGGACCAGGCCCAGAAGCUCCUACAGGAGAAGCUGAGCGACUGGAAGGACUUUCUGCUGGUGAAAAGCAGGAGAAACGUCACCAUGGUGUCCUACCUGGAAGACUUCCCAGGCUUGGUGCACUUCAUCUACGUAGACCGCACCACUGGGCACAUGGUGGCGCCGUCCCUCAGCAGCAGUGACAAGACGUCCUCAGAGCUGGGCAAGGGGCCCCUGGCUGCCUUCAUCAAAACCAAGGUCUGGGCUCUGAUCCGGCUGGCGCGCAGGUAUCUGCAGAAGGGCUACACCACACUGCUGUUCCAGGAGGGGGACUUCUACUGCUCCUACUUCCUGUGGUUCGAGAAUGACAUGGGGUACAAGCUGCAGAUAAUUGAGGUGCCCGUCCUCUCUGACGAUGUGAUCCCCAUUGGCAUGCUGGGAGGCAACUACUACAGGAAGCUGCUGCGCUACUACAGCAAGAACCACCCAGCCGAGGCCGUAAGGUGCUACGAGCUGCUGGCCCUGCACCUGUCAGUCAUCCCCACGGACCUGCUGGUGCAGCAGGCCAGCCAGCUGGCCCGACGCCUGGGGGAAUCCUCCCGUGUCCUCCUGCCCUAGUCCCACUCUAUGCCGGUGGCACAGUCCACCUGUACACCUGCCAGCAGUCCACCUGUGCUUGCCAGUGUUCACCACAGCAUGAACCUGUUCCUGGCCAUGGUGGCAUCUUGAGUGGAGGUCAAGGCCACAGGCUUCCUUGAACUCCACCUGGACCACCAGGAGGACCCUUCAGCCCUUCCCUCUGGAGGGAAGGUCAAGAUGUGGGUUUUCAGUUAUCGCCCUCUGAAAAUAGUGGCUGUGGCCAUGGGCCGUGAGGAGAAUGGAGGGGAGUCCCCAGUGCGGAACCCCUCCAUUUACACUGUUACCUGAGCAGAGGAAGCUGCUUCAAGUCCCAGGCACAGGGUUCUCGUUGGCAAGGCUCCAGUUCCAGCUGUGCCACCACCUCAUUGAGCUCUGGGCAAAUUUCUGAGGCUUUGCAUCUGCUCCCCGACACUUAGAGGAUUGUCAAGUGUUUGUUCAGUGCUUGAUAAAUGUUAUUGU